CAUUGUGACUGUCCGGUGGGCGGAAGUCUGAGCAGAGUGAAUGGUAACAUGUUACCGAAAAGCGAGAAAGGAGGCAUUGUGUGCUGUCAGAGCAGAAGGCAGUGUGACAGGGGGAGCAAGAGCUGGGAGAACUAGAGAAAAUGUGACAGCAGUGAGGGACAGCUUGUAUUACGAGAGACAAAGGUGACAGAGGCAGAAAAAGCUUAGUUAGAAAAGUAAGAGGGCUGUAACAGGAGAGGGCAGAACUGAAGGAGAGAUAGAAAGGAAUAAAUGCCAGAAGGUGAGAGAGCAAAAGUGUAACAAUAAGGCAACUGUCCAGAAAAGGAAUGUGACACAGAAUACAAAGGAAGGACAGAUUUACCGCAAAUAUUCAGGGAGAGUGUCAGACGGACCUUUCAGCACUGAAAGCAACAUACACAACAAGGGAAGAGAAGAUCUGAUACGCAAUGAACUGGGCGGGAUUAUAUGGCAUUUUGAGUGGUGUGAAUCGCUACUCCACAGGUAUCGGGCGGAUAUGGCUCUCUGUGGUCUUCAUCUUCCGUAUAAUGGUGCUUGUAGUGGCUGCAGAAAGUGUAUGGGGGGAUGAGAGAGCGCAAUUUACCUGCAAUACACAGCAGCCUGGAUGUAACAGCGUUUGUUAUGACCACUUCUUCCCAAUCUCACACAUUCGCCUGUGGGCCCUACAGCUCAUUAUUGUGUCUACACCUGCCCUUCUUGUGGCCAUGCAUGUGGCUCAUCAGCAGCACCAAGAGAAGAGAAAUUUACGACUUUCUGGCCAUGAUGAUCCUAAGGAGCUAGCAGAGGUUAAGAAGCAGAAAAUCCGGAUCUCGGGCACACUGUGGUGGACAUAUACACUAAGUGUGAUUUUCAGGAUCAUCUUUGAAGCAGCUUUCAUGUAUAUCUUCUACCUCAUCUACCCUGGUUAUGCCAUGAUACGGCUUGUCAAGUGUGAUGCUUACCCCUGCCCUAACACAGUGGAUUGUUUUAUUUCUCGUCCUACAGAGAAAACCAUCUUUACAGUAUUCAUGCUCAGUGCUUCAGGAAUCUGCAUUGUACUAAAUGUAGCUGAAGUCUUCUUUCUCAUUGGGAAGGCCUGUACCCGCAGACGUCAGAAGCAUAAGGACUCAUACCAUGGACACGAGCAUCGGCAGAAUGAGAUGAACACAUUGCUAACAGGAGAGAGUCUUAGGAAGCAGGCCGCAGCAGGCCAAGAGAAAGAACGCUGUGCAACAUCCUAGGAACAUGAUAACCAGGCACCUAUGACGUGGGACUGUAAUGAGACCAAGUACCUGAGUGGAGAAGAAAUGAUCAGAUAUGGGGUUGGUUACAAGAUUUACAAGAUGUAUAGACUGUCAUGGCCAAGAAAAUAAUUUAAAGCUGCAAUAUUUGCACAAGAUACAGUGACUAUGACCGAAUUGCCAUGUUAUUGUUGGCAAAUGCAUAUUGGGUCCUUUACACCAAAUUUGCCUGUACUGUCACUGCUACAUCCUAUUUAAUGCUCAGCAGUGAUCAAUGGCAAACUCUGAACUGGCGCUUCUUGCAGUAUUUUUAAAUAACAAGGGGAAGGGGUAAUUUUUCUGCAGGGAAUGAAAGUAGAAGUGGGAGGGAAAGGGCUGGAUUUGUACUGUUAUAGAUUUGAGAUUGUUUUAAUAUGUAUACGAAUUAUUUUAAGACUUCAUAUUAAAUUCUUAAAACCA